AUGGCAAAUAUCUCAGUAGGCCAACCUUCCACCCCACAGCUAGUUGUGAUGGACACUGCCAGCGAAAUCUUCUGGAUUAUGUGCAACCCUUGCACGAAUUGUGAUCAACAUUUAGGUCAACUUUUUGGCCCUUCAAAGUCUUCCACCUACAUCCAAUUAUGCAGGACACCUUGCGGCUUUCGAGGCUGCAAUUGCCACCCCUUGGAUAGGUCACCGUUCAUUAUCACUUACGCAGACAAUUCGUCUGCAUCAGGAACCCUUGGCUAUGAAACGCUAGUCUUUGAGACAUCUGACGAAGGUUCCAUUCAAAUACCAAACAUAGAAUUCGGGUGUGGCCGCGACAUUGUGUACAAUAAUGAUCCAGGGUAUAAUGGAAUACUAGGACUAAACAAUGCACCUAUGUCUUUGGCAUCACAAAUAGGCCAUAAAUUCUCUUACUGCAUAGGAAGCCUAGCUGACAAAAGUAGUAAUUACAACCAACUGAUCCUAGGCGAAGGAGCAGAUCUUGAAGGCUAUCCAACCCAUUUUCAAGCUCUUCGUGGCAUGUAUUACAUCACCAUGGAAGGCAUAAGUGUAGGAGAAAGGAGGCUUGACAUUCCUCCUGCAACUUUUGAGAUGAAAGAGAAUGACGCGGGUGGUGUCAUCAUUGACACAGGGUCUACGCUCACCUACCUACCUGAUGAUGUGCAAAUUUACUAUACAAGGAAAGAUUUAGUUGGAUUUCCAGUGGUUACCUUCCAUUUUGCUCAAGGUGCAGAUUUGGCUUUGGACACUGGAAGCUUCUUUGAACAGCUCACAGACAGCGUAUUCUGCAUGGCUAUAGGUCCAGUCAGUGCGACUGGCGUCGACAACCGAUCUUCUGUUAUCGGCUUAUUGGCUCAGCAGGGUUACAAUGUUGGAUAUGACCUUGUUAACCAGAUUGUUUACUUUCAAAGAAUUCAUUGUCAACUGCUUAGUGGCUGA